AUGACAAGAGUUUAUUAUUUAUCAAGCUAUUUUGUUCCACUUUUUGCUACAAAUUCAAUUAAAACUAUAAUAGUUAGUUCGGUUGUACUCCUUUUAUUCAUUAUUUCAAUCACAUUAACUGCUCUGAAAUUAUUCCCAUCUAUUUAUAUAAAAGAUGGGAAAGAUGGGAAUGAAUCUUUGAACAUUCUCGAAGAUGAAAAUCGGAAAUUUUUCAUACCAGACUCUCAAGACUAUUUUAGAAUAUUAUUAUUAAGUUUUAUAUCACCACUUAUAUUUCAAUUUUUUUCAUUGAUUUUUCUUAAGUAUUGUAACUCUCGACUAAGUUUUAGAAAGAAAUUCAAUAACAAUAACCCUACUAGUAACAAUAACUCUACUAGUAAUACACAUUUAUUUCCAAGAAUUUUCGUUAAUUUUAUAAUCAAUUUCGUUUUCACAGAUUUGUUUCAAUUCUUAAUUUUAUGCAUCAUAUCUUUCCCACAAAUAAAUGAUGUUAAUAGAAGAAAAUUCCACACAAUCCCAUUGAAUAGUUGGAAUCUGUUACCAAGACUAUCUGUUUUAUAUGCUAUUGCAUGGUCUAUUUCAGAAUUAUUGAUUUUGUUUGUUACAUCAAUCCAUUUUUUUAAAGAAGUCGAUAAUAUUCCUACAAGUGAGAAUUUGGAUAAUGUAAAUACGUUUUCUGAUGAAUAUUCACCUUUGCUAUCUUCAUCGACUUCAUCUCUUAAUGAUAGAUCUCACCAUUUACCUGUUUCACAGUCUCCUCUAAGGAAAAAAAUCUCUUUAUCAAAUUGCACUAAACUAAGAUUAUCUUCUUCUUCAAUUUCAAAUAAUAUUUAUAAAAAUUCAACUUUAACUUCAAAUUUAAAUUCACCUCCAUCAUCAGCUGGCACAAAGACAAAUAAUCACAACAGCAAUAACAAUAACAACAACAAUAGUAAUAAUAUGGUAAAUACUAGUGGUAAUAAUAAAUCGAAUUUUCCAAACAAUGGUUCCUCUUUUGAGAAACAAAUUGCGAUUGUUAGUUCAGUUGAUAACUCUCUAUCUUUACAAAGAGUCCCAGAUAAUGGGCCAACUUCUAAUUAUUUUUAUUAUAAUAACGCUAUAUUACCAAACCCAAAUCUGAAUUAUAAAUCAUUGAAAAAUUUAAAUGGUUCAACUGAUUCAUUCAGUAAGGAUCCCAACAAUAGUUAUUUAAAUGGUGAAUUUGAAAAUAAUGCUUUUUCAUUAAAUUUUCAAUCUCUCUUUGCUAUUAAUCGUUUAUUAUACCCAUUUAUUAGAUUUCCAAAAAUUAAAACGAAAAAACAAUUUUUUAAAGGCAUUCUGAUAUUUUUACUUUGUUUAUCUACCAAUUUCUUAUUAAUAAUCGGUGAGGCCCUAAUAAUGUCAAUUUAUUUCAUCUUUACACCAAAUUUAUUAGAUUCUGAAAAGUUAAAAUUCUCUAAGAUUAUGAUUUAUUUUGGUUCACAGAAAUUAUUUUAUUUCAUUAUAAUGUUAGUACUACCAUUCAUUUUCAUUAAUUGUAUGGUUAAUACUUUCAUUCAUUAUAACAAACAAGUUGUAUUAUGGAACAAGAGUGAUUUUCAAGAAGAUAGUACUCCACAAAAUAAUGACAAUACAAUAAUGAUGAUGAAUAAUAAUGAACAAGACUCUUUAAUGUUGUCAAAUUCUUUGAAAGAUAGAUCCUUAAGCUCUUUAUAUACUUCAUCUCUAACAGACCCUCACCUCACUAUGGAAAAUUAUCCUAAUUUUAACACUAAUUUAGAGUUCAAUAAUUAUUAUAUGAAUAAUAAUGAUUAUUACAAUAAUUACGUUACCACUCACGACGACCCAUUUUUAAUUCGGACAAUUAAAACUAUAUAUAAUUAUUGGGAAAGAAUAUCUGUUAAUGACUCUUUUGUAAUCUUUUCUAAUUUUCUUUGGGCAUUGAUAGUUUUUGGAUUUGGCUGGUAUUCUACAAGGAUAAUAGUGUCAAAUUCCUCUUAG